AUGGAGCUAACACCGGAAGAGAUACGAGCCCGGAGGUUACGAAAGUUGGAAGCGAAAAAUACUCGAAAUGCAUCCAACAAUAAUGCUCCAUCGUCUACGGAAACGGCCAGCGUCGGUUCCAUAUCCGAUGCCACCACAAGCAGCAGCAGCGCUACCUGUGUCUCAGCAGCAUCAGAAGCAACCCCAGUGACAGUAGAAAAUGUCCUCGCUACUCAACAAAUGCCAACCAGCACUCCGAUCGUUUCGGACAAGCCAGAAUCGAUGGAAAGUAAUAGUGGCAGCGAAAAUGUCGGCAGUAGCAGUAGUCUCAAUAGCAGCACUGGCACCGCCACCUCCGAUCUGAUCCUGCCGAACAAAAUCGAAGCCACGUUAAUGCUGGGACUGGAAGUGGCUGAACAGUCGCAACAGCAACAAAAAGCACGCUCCGUUCUGGCUGCCGUUUCUCCGACUUCAACGACGACGAACGCGUCGGUAGUACGGAAGAAGCCAACGCCGGCAGUGCUUCCUUCAGCAACGACCACUACCACGACACCAGCUGCUUCCGCUAACGCAUGGUCAUUCAAAAAGCGAUCUUCGUCUGAUCUCAGCUCGACCAAGACGGACGGAGAACAUCAUCAUCACCAUCAUCAUCAUCAACACCACCAUAUCGGUAUGGACGGUGGGCUCGAGUCAAAGAUGCAAAGCGAACAGCAGGACAGCCACGUUUCGACCCAGGACGAGCUGCUUCAAAUCAUGUUACGCAUCAUGAAGAUAAACAGCAAGGCUCGCUAUUCCAACUCCCGCUUUACAAUUGAAUCGAUCAUAUUGGACAAUGCGCUCGAAAUGCUCGAACGUCAGCGAUACGAUGAGUUCUGUGCGGAAGUGAUCAGUGAGGUGAUAAAGGGUAUCUACUACGGCAAACUGAUCGAGUCACACAGCGACGAUAGCGAUGCGGGCCGCCUGUCGGACAGCUGGAGCACGAUACCAAGCAAAAAGGUUAAACCGAUCAUGCUGGACGAGGUGGUCAUUGGAAGGGCGGGACGCGGUGGUGGCAGCAGUGCUGGAGGGAGUACCGCCACACCCAUGGACAUUGACAUCGAGAUGCAACCGGAGGAGGACAGCUCAGCCGGAGGCUUCUGCUCGUCGAAACCUUCGAUGAAAGCGUUCGCCAACAACCGGGUAGCGGCACUGGAAUAUCUGAUCGGUUGCUAUUUGCGAUCGAACGAGGAACUGUACAGCUACACGAAGGUGAAGAAAAGCAAAAAAAUGUAUCUCGCCGAAACGCUACCCAACGUGGUGACUGUGAUCAGGCAGCAAACACUCAAGUACGCAAUCUUGGUACUGAAAAACAUCUUCCAAAGCUUCUGCCAGCCGGAUGGUGGUAGCGAAAGUGGCAGCAGCAGUACAAUCACCAGUGCCGGCCCCAAACCGUCUGCCACGGGAAGUACUGCCUUGGAGAAAUCUCCUCUACUUACACUCAUGUACGAGAACAAAGUGUCGUCCGAUUUCAUGUCCAAUCUGAUGGCGGAAAGUCGUAAAUCGGACGGCGAGGAAGAUUUCCGCGUCAUCUUUAACGCCGUGCUGGACGAUCUGUUCAUCGACAUGCAGAACGCAAUCUGCAACGAAAACAUCGUCGCGGAUCCGUUAAAUCGUCUCAAGGAACUGAUCGAAACGCGCGUCGACAACACGCACCCGAUCUGUUUGCUGAUCGUGGAACACAAGAUCUUUCUGACCGCCUUCACACCGGAUAAAUACUUUGCGCGUGAAAUAUCGAAAGUUUCCUUUCUCGCACCGUUCCUUUCGCUCUCGGUGCUGCUAGACGAGAAUCCCAAGUUCGCGAGUCACCACUUUUCGGAAAACGUGUGCGAUCGUACGCUGACCAACUCGUUUCACUCGAUACUAAGCAACACGCGCAAGGUGCUGCAUUCGAUCUUCUUGGUUUUGCUGACCAAUCAGUAUAGCCGGUUCGAGAUGCUCAACUAUAUCGCAUCUAUACUGAAAUCGAACGCCAAACGCAUCCAGUACAAUGCGGACGAUCGUUUCCUGGCGAAGGAUGGAUUUAUGCUAAACUUUAUGUCCGUGCUGCAGCUCCUGUCGGUGAAGAUCAAUCUGUCGCGCAUCGAUCCACUCUAUCCGCACUAUCCGGAAAGUUUGGUUGAGAUUGAGGAUGAAACGAAGCUGAAAUUCUCCUCGCAAGAGUAUGCCGAUUGGCUGGCGACACUGAAGGACGUUAGGGACUGGGAGCAACACAAGUUUGUCACGCACUGUUGGUUCCUAACGUUGCACGCGCACCAUCUCGGAAUAAUCCCGGCGAUUCAGCGCUACAACAAGCUGCUCCGUGCGACAAAAGAAUUGCAGCGUAUGGUGGAUGAGCUGAACGCGACUAAAUCGCAAUGGGAAAAUACUCCACUGGCACGGCGCAACAAGCAAGUGCGCGAUCGUUGCGUCAGCCAGAUGAACAAACUGUCGAAGGCGAAACUUAGCUGCGACAUUGCGAUCAUCGAUCCAAACGUGCUGAGCGCCUGUAUGCAAUUCUACUCGACCGUGUGCGAGUAUAUGCUGUAUCAGAUCGAAAAUCGGCCGAUCGAAGGACCGUUCACCAAUCAGAAGCACCCGUCGACGUUGGUCGCGAGUGAAAACUUUUCCGCCCUGCCCGAAUGGUACAUUGAGGACAUUGCGGACUUUAUACUCUUCUGCAUGCAACACAGCAUCAGCGUGAUCGACUAUGUGGACAAUUCGAUCAUCACCUGGAUCCUGACGCUGGUAUGUGCACCGCAGCUGAUCAAGAAUCCCUAUAUCACUGCCAAACUGAUAGAGGUCCUGUUCGUCACUUCGCCAACCAUACAGACCACCUCGCAAAGGCUGUAUCUUCAGAUUAUCAACCACGAACUUGCUCAGACUGCGUUAGUAAGUGCACUUAUGAAGUUUUAUACGGAUAUCGAAACGACGGGACAAAGUACUGAAUUUUAUGACAAAUUUACAAUAAGAUAUCACAUAAGCCAUCUGUUUAAGGGUCUCUGGGAGAGCGCCCUGCACCGACAGGCGUUCGUAAACGAAUCGAAAAGUGGCAAGCAGUUUGUGAAGUUUGUUAACUUUUUCCUAAACGACACCACUUACCUGUUGGACGAGUGUUUGGAGUAUUUGAAGCGCAUCCACGAAACGCAGGUGUUGAUGAUGGACGAUGCCGGUUGGAAUGCGCUGACGCAGGAAGCGCAACAGAGCCGCCAACGGCAGCUGGUACAGGACGAGCGACAGUGCCGUUCAUACUUGACGUUGGCCCGCGAAACCGUUGACAUGUUCCACUACAUGACGAUCGACAUAAAGGAACCGUUUUUGCGGCCAGAGCUGAUCGAUCGGUUAAGCUCGAUGCUGAACUACAAUCUGCACCAGCUAUGCGGCCCGAAAUGCAACGAUCUGCGCGUACGCCAUCCGCACAAGUAUGGGUGGGAACCGAGACGGUUGUUAGGUCAGUUGGUCGACAUUUAUCUACAUCUGAGCUGUGAUGAGUUUGCGGCCGCACUUGCCGCCGACGAGCGAUCGUUUGAGAAACAAUUCUUCGAGGAUGCGGCAAACCGGGUGGAACGGAUCGGGAUUCGUUCGCACCGGGACGUGGACGAGUUUCGCAAGCUGAUCCACAAGGCGGCUGAAAUUUAUGUGAAAAAUCAGGAGAAUGCGGAUGAGUUUGCGGAAGCGCCGGAUGAUUUUAAGGAUCCGCUGAUGGACACGCUGAUGACGGAUCCGGUCCUGCUGCCGUCCGGUACAAUUAUGGACCGGGCGAUCAUUACGCGGCAUCUGCUAAACAGCAGCACCGAUCCGUUUAACCGUCAGCCGCUUACAGAGGACAUGCUAAAACCGGCAACUGAACUGAAGGAACGCAUCCAGCAGUGGAUCAAAGAGUAUCGGGCACAGAAAAAAUCAAGCUAAAUUACUUGGACUAUACCCGCGGAA